AGAGGCGCGUCGCUUUGCGAUUUACGCUUUCCUUUCGCUUUCAGCCCAACCCAUCGGUGCUCUACCUCUUUUUUUUUUGGGAACUUUUUGUUCUGUUUUGUCCGAAGAUGCUCCCUCCCAACUGGCGUGUCUACGAUGACAUGGAGUUUUUGGCCGAACAUUUUGGUUUUUUGCCAGUACACGUUUCCGAUGCGAUCUACGAUGCCUGCAAUGCCGUAGUGUACCUCGCCAUUGAAGGCCUUGAACAGUACCUAGUCUCCAUCAACGGAAUGAAUCCUAAGCAACUGCACGACGAAUUGGGCAACUUUGAACAAAAGCUAGAAAGCGUCAUGGACUCGUCUUUCAAUAUUUUUGAACAGUAUCUGUUCGACAAUGUAUUGAAAUUACCCAAAGACAUCGACAUCACCCUUGAUCACCACAAGGAUCUAAAAUUUGACUAUACCGCCGAAGACGAAGCGCUUUUGGAUCUGGAACUGGAAAAGGCCCGUAGAGCUGUCAUGGCUCAAGAAGCGUUGCAGUAUAAUUUGGAGGUGGAAAUCGAUCGAUUAGACAAGCAAAUCCAAACCGUGGACGAAUAUAAAAACUCUCUCGCCUUUUUAACGAAAAUAGCCAGAGAGCAAAAAGUCUUUCCCACCAAGGACACCAUGCAACUCGUUGCCGAGCAACUCUUACGUCUGCAAGAAUUAAUCACCGAAAAUGUCCAAAUCGCCAAAUCCGAUCGCACAUGGAAGAAUCUCCAAAGAGCGGAUGACAGAAUGGCGUAUCUUCAACGCGCUGUCCAGAAACAACUCGAUACCCUUCGACAAGUUUCACCCUCGCACUAAAUUGUGUGUCCCAAAUCAUCUCAUUCCUCGCAUCCUCUGCAUAUGUCGUCAUCAAACCUCCUACGAAGAACUUAUUUUGUGCCGCGCACGUCAUCAGUUUCUGCACGAAAAUUGUAACAAUAAACAAUGAUACGCGUUCUUUAUAUCCUCCUUUUUCUUUCUGCCACCCGUUUCUACGUAAGUCAUGUCCGUCCUGCAAGCCUUCAACGAUAUCACUGCUGCUGUUGUUCAGCCCGCCGGCCCCUUCGCCGCUGAAUCCCCUGCUG